AUGACCAGCCUCAAGCUCCCGGUUUUCGACGACACAAGAGAUAAGUGGAAACCAUACCUUGUUCGGGCUGAAGCGUAUUUUGAAGCAAAUGCUAUUACUGACUCCAAAAGGCAGAGAGCACUUCUGGUGGCAGCACUCAGCACGCAGACUGUACAAGUGCUAGCGGGGCUAAUUGCACCUCGGACGCCGAAUUCCCUUACUUACGCCGAAGCGGUCGCAGCUAUAAAUGACUACUACGAUCCCAAGCGUCACGAGAUUGCAGAAAGCAACAAGUUUUUUACUCGUUGCCAACAAGAAGGAGAGUCUCCAAUCGACCCUAUGCUGAACCGACUGCUCGGCGAGUUCGAGGAUGUUUUCUCAACAGACCUUGGACUAAUCAAAGGUCCACCAGCCAGCCUAAAACUCAAGGAGAUAGCGACACCGAAAUUCUACCAUCAGCCACUGCUGGGACUGCUCAAGCCUGACCGCCAAACGCCGCCGAUGGCCGCCACGCGCAUUCAACGGUGGGCACUGUUCCUAGGAGGCUACCAGUACAAGCUACAGUACUCGCCGGGUGCUGACGAUUGGACCAUCUCGCCAGGAAGCAGCGUCUACGUGCGCAACUACAGUGCCGGCAAAAGAUGGACGCCUGGACGCGUAAAAGCUGCGUUGGGGGCGAGAAUGAUAGCAGUGGACACACCAAGAGGGUUAGUGCGGCGUCAUAUCGACCAAGUCCGCCGCCGCCGCGAAUCGACGCCGGAGCCUGCAACUACGGGGACGGUCGGAGUGAGUUUUCCCCACCAGCUGCUACGAAACCUCCAGUCGCUACGGACGAACACUCGCCUGAGGUGGUCCCGCAUCAGCCAACGCUGAGGCGAUCGACAAGAGUUAAGAACCCGGUACAACGGUUCCACUUUUAAGAGGAAAGAAAUGUAUUUGUUUCGUUUGUAACGCCAGCAAAACCAGCUGCGCGCGCACCAUUUCGUUUGGGCCCUGUGCGCCUUCAACCUCCCUCUUUCCCCCCUUCCUUCACCCUCUCCUAGUGCCAAUGUAUAUAACCACGCGGCGGAAAAUAAACGCUGUCGUUGACUGCCC